AGCAUCUUCAGCUACUAAAGGGGGAAAAAAAGAUGCCGCUGUAAAACUUUUCAGGGCUAACGUGAGAAAGGGAGAGGAUUGACGCGAUGGGUGAAGACGAUAAAACAGAGUGAGGAACUUUUCUUACGGCCCUUCGCCAUCAAGGAGGAUCAGCAUGAUUACAUAGAUACCAUCUUUUAUUGGUUCAAGAAAAGAGACAAAAGUUUUGGGCGAAGUAUGGCGCGAGAGACCGGAGAGUCUGGAGAAACGAAAAGUACCAAAGUGAAAAAGCAUAAAAGAAGGAAAAGCAAAAAGGAGAGCAAAACCCGGAUUGUACACGCCAACAUUUUGUAUGACCAUACCAAAGGAGGGGAUAACCCCAACAGACACUAUGCAAACAAUAAGAUCAAAACCACAAAAUACACUCUGCUUUCUUUCCUACCGAAGAACCUCUUCGAGCAGUUCCACCGAUUUGCCAACGUGUAUUUUGUUUUCAUAGCCUUACUGAAUUUCGUGCCUGUGGUCAACGCUUUUCAACCAGAGUUGGCUCGCCCUGUGGUUUUUAUUUUGUCCGUUACCGCUAUUAAGGAUUUAUGGGAAGAUUACAGACGACACCGCUCGGAUAAAGAAAUAAAUCAUUUGGACUGUCUCGUUUACUGCAGGAGUGAGAAACGAUAUGUGGAGAAAUACUGGAAAGAGGUGCGGGUCGGAGACUUCAUUCGUCUGCGAUGCAACGAGAUCCUGCCGGCGGAUGUUCUCCUGCUCAGCAGCAGCGACCCAGACCGACUGUGUCACAUUGAGACGGCCACACUGGACGGGGAAACCAACCUCAAGCAGAGGCAGGUGGUGCGCAGCUUUAUCGACCUGGACUGCGAGUUUGACCCAUUAAAAUACAACAGUGUUAUUGAAUGUGAGAAGCCCAACAAUGACCUCAACAGAUUUCGUGGGUACAUAAUCCAUCGCAGUGGAAAGAGAGACUGCCUGUACAAAGACAAUCUGCUGCUCAGGGGCUGCACCAUCCGCAACACAGAGGAGGCUGUAGGAAUCGUCAUCUAUGCAGGUCAUGAAACAAAAGCAAUGCUGAACAACAAUGGCCCUCGUUAUAAACGCAGCAAACUGGAGCGGCAGAUGAACGUAGAUGUGUUCUGGUGCGUCAUCAUCCUCCUGGUCAUGUGCCUCUUUUCUGCCAUUGGACAUGGCCUGUGGAUGUUCCAGUAUGGAGAUAAGAGGCCUGUCUUUGACGUCCUGAGCCCAGAAGGAACCAACUUAUCUCCAGUGGUCUCAGCCAUUUAUCUCUUCCUGACCAUGAUUAUAGUAUUGCAGGUGCUGAUCCCAAUCUCGCUCUUUGUUUCCAUUGAAAUAGUGAAGAUAUGCCAGGUGUACUUUAUACAUCAGGACAUGGAGCUGUACGAUGAGGAAACAGACUCUCACCUCCAAUGCAGGGCUCUGAACAUCACAGAGGACCUGGGCCAAAUGCAGUACAUUUUCUCUGAUAAGACCGGCACGCUCACGGAAAACAAGAUGGUGUUUCGCCGUUGCACUGUGGCAGGAGUCGAGUACUCUCAUGAUGCCAACGCGAGGAGGCUUGCUAUGUACCAGGAAAUGGACUCGGAGGAGGAGGACUGUACAUCUCAUGGUGGAACUCUCCCUCGCCGGGACAGCGUCACCAGCCACCAGAGUGGAAAAGUGGUAUUGCGAUCACAGAGCACUAAAUCUCACCGUCGUACUGGGAGCAGAGCCGAAGCCAAACGAGCCAGCAUCCUGUCCAAACACACUGCCUUCAGCAGUCCCAUGGAAAAGGACAUUACUCCAGAUCCCCAGCUCAUGGAUAAAGUCAAUGAGUGCAGCAGCCAGAUGGAGUUCAUGCGUUUUCAUAGUCAGCCCCUGAAUCAGAUCCCCCCUGACCUGUGUGACGUCUUUGAUUUUUUCAUUGCUCUCACUAUCUGCAAUACUGUGGUUGUGUCCUCACCCAAUCAGCCCCGGCAGAAGGUGCGUCGCUACGAGUUGAAGUCUCCAGUGAAGACCAUCGAGGACUUCAUCAAGCGCUUCACUCCGAGCCGCCUGACCUCUGGCUCCAACAGCAGCAGCUCAUCCAGUCUGGCCACCAACCGCUCGUCCUCCCAUAAAGUGGGCUGCAGCAUGCUGUCCUCCCCCUCGGCUGAGAGCACGCUCACCAAGCUGAACGAGGAAAAACGUCCGGAGCAUGACCUGCAGCAUGCCUUCAGCCCCGUCCCGCACAACUUCGAUAAAACAAAAGCUUUGGCUCAAGAUGAAUGCGAGCUCAGAUAUGAAGCGGAGUCACCGGACGAGGCUGCACUGGUUUAUGCAGCCCGGGCCUAUAAGUGUGCUCUUGUCGGUCGUUUGCCAGAUCAGGUGACCGUGGAGCUUCCACACUUGGGCAAGUUGAGUUUCGAACUUCUGCACACACUGGGGUUCGACUCCACAAGAAAGAGGAUGUCAGUGGUGGUGAAACACCCUUUGACUGAGCAAAUCACCGUCUACACCAAGGGUGCCGAUUCAGUCAUCAUGGAUUUGAUCAGACCAGCCACAGAUGAUUGCAAAGGAAAGCGACAAAGAAAAAUCUUGUAUAAAACUCAAAACUACUUAAAUCUUUAUGCUGCAGACGGUCUCAGGGCGCUCUGUAUCGCCAAAAAGGUUGUCAGUAAGGAGGAGUAUGCCAGUUGGCUACAGCUCCACCUGGAAGCCGAGACAGCCAUACAGAGGAGAGAGGAGUUGCUUUUUGAUUCUGCAUUACGACUAGAGACCAACCUCCAACUUUUGGGAGCAACAGGUAUUGAGGACAGACUUCAGGAUGGGGUUCCCGAGACCAUCGCCUCUCUGAGGAAAGCAGGCCUUCAGAUCUGGGUGCUGACAGGAGAUAAACAAGAGACUGCCAUCAACAUCGCCUAUGCCUGCAAACUGCUGGACCCAGAGGAAGAGAUAAUCACUCUUAAUGCUGACUCACAGGAGGCCUGUGCUGUAUUGCUCGAGAACAGUCUGCACUACAUCCAGGCCAAGUUCCUUUGCAACCCACGACCAGAUAGAGACUACGCUGACAUCCACUUCUCUUCUCCGGUGUGUUCCCCGGCUUCCUCUGGUCACUCCAGCCCGUUCCUGGUGCAUCGGCUAGGGCUGGUGAUCGACGGUCGAACCUUGGCCUACGCACUGGACAAGAGUUUGGAGGACAAGUUCCUGGCCGUGGCUCGAAGUUGCAGGUCCGUUCUAUGCUGUCGCUCGACGCCCCUGCAGAAGAGCAUGGUGGUCAAGUUAGUGCGGAACAAGCUCAAGGUCAUGACUCUGGCAAUAGGUGACGGAGCAAAUGAUGUUAGUAUGAUCCAAGUGGCAGACGUAGGGGUUGGGAUCUCUGGACAGGAGGGCAUGCAGGCGGUGAUGGCCAGUGACUUUGCCCUGCCACGAUUUAGUUACCUGCAGAAGCUGCUCUUGGUUCACGGCCAUUGGUGUUACUCUCGUCUAGCCAACAUGAUCUUAUACUUCUUCUACAAAAAUGCUAUGUUCGUUGCCCUCAUCUUCUGGUAUCAGUUCUACUGCGGGUUCUCUGGGUCAGCCAUGGUUGAUCAGUGGUACCUGAUCUUCUUCAACCUGAUGUUCUCCGCAUUCCCUCAGCUCAUCACCGGCACCCUGGACAAAGAUGUGUCAGCAGAAACCCUGCAGGAGUUGCCGCAGCUCUACAUGAAUGGACAAAACUCAGAGGAAUAUAAACCCUACAUGUUCUGGAUGAACAUGAUUGAUGCCUUCUACCAAAGCCUCAUCUGUUUCUUCAUCCCUUACUUUGCUUACGUUGACUCUGAUGUGGAUUUGUUUACAUGGGGCACUCCCAUCACCACCUUGGCACUCUUCACCAUUUUGCUGCACUUAGGCAUAGAAACCAAAACCUGGACGUGGAUGAACUGGGUGUCGAUUGGCUUCAGUAUAGCUCUCUUCUUUACUGUGGCGCUGUGCUACAAUGCUUCCUGCCCAACCUGUUUCUCUCCCUCCAACACUUAUUGGACCAUGCAGAGGCUGCUGGGAGACCCUGUGUUUUACAUUCUGUGUGUUGUCACACCUAUUGCCGCUCUUCUUCCCAGAUACUUUUAUAGGGCUUGUCAGGGAACUCUAUUCCCAAACCCUGUCCACGUGGGAAGACAACUGGACAAACUGCCAGUGGACAUGCGCAGGAUCUUCCUGAGCCAGAGCCAGAUGAAGCUGGGCUCCCUCGGGUCACUGUUUCCCCCCCGUGCUCCAUUUUUCCCUCUCUGCAGGCCCUUUCAGAAAGACUACAGGCCCAGGGUAAAGCAAGCCCACAUGAGUAGCACCAAACAGAAGGAGAAAGCUAUAUCCAGCCCCAUCCCAUCAAAAAGCACGGAGAUGCGGGACACGCCUUUAAGCUCAAAAAACUCUGACAACCAUAUCACACUCAACCUCAGAAUGCAGGAAAAAGCUCCAUCCUGCAGACAGGGCUCGGGCGGCCCUCUAUCUGAGAACUUACACUGCAUAAAGGAACCUUCGAGUCCCGCUGCAGGCACUCUGCCGUACACCAAAGACACUCCGGCCUCCAGGACUAUUUUGGAUAGCACAGGCUUGGAGGCCCCGCUGAGCCCGACAGACCUCUGUCCGGUCGGGCUGCUCACCUCCACUCCCUUGCUUCCUCAGGCAGAGACUAUGCAACUCACAGCGCCAGUCAGCUUUUUUUGUGGGCAAAAGCUGGAAGACGAGGACCAUUCAAACCAAAAGUCCCUGCUGAAACAGGCCAGGGAUGUGGAUCACAAGCAGUCAACUAGCUGCCUACAAGAACAUUCACUCAAAACAACAUUUCUAUGAUGCUUUCUACCUGUUACGCUCAUUCAAAUUUGCACGUUAGCUUUAAAAAAAAGUGUUAUUAUAUAUUCAAUAUUAUUUUAUGAAAGAUAUAGGUUGGUACUACGUAUAUAAAUAUAUAUUUUUAGAUGUAUAAAGUUUAGUUUUUGUUUUUUGAGAGAGAGGCCAACAUAUGCAAACUGGAUGGCCUUAUGAUUAAUGACUGACUUUUUAUUUUUGUUUUCUUCUUUUUGUUUUUUGUUUUUUUUUUAAACAUCUCAAAAGUGGAGGAGGUUUGUAUCUCGAUGCAGAGGCAGUCCAGAGACAUUCCUUUUAUCUGUUUAUUUGAACCUGGAUGUUCUGGUGCACUUUAAAGAACUUCCUGUCCUACCAUUAGACACUGCUGAUAGCACUACACGCGUAUUUCCCCAUCCCAGAACAAAAAAAUCAUCUAGCCCUUCAGAGUCAGUAGCUACAGGAAUUUUGGUAACGCUUUACGAAAGUGUACAUGAAGUCCUAAACGAUUAAAGGCAUGAACUAAUCAAGAAUUAAUAAUGUGCGAGAGGAGUCAGCAACAAAACUACUUUUACAUCAUGCUAGUGAAUAUUUGUUGUGACCUCACGUUCACUUAAAUCAAACGAUUUCUAUUACAAAGAAUGUGAUGUGGCAAAACCUGCUCUGACUUUCAUUAAACGUGCAUGAUUGUAAUGCCUGAAUAACAUUCGCUUCACAUCUACCGCUUUAAGAACAUUAUUGGAUAAUCACACUUUAUCAUUUAAAUGAAUAAUCCUAUUUAUAAUCUAAUUGGGGCUUUUUUGUUACUUCGAAUUCUUUGUCAUACAGCUAAUCGAAUGCCUUAACUAUCAAACAUGUAUUUAAAGUGGCCAUUAUUCACAUGAUUCCAGCCAUAUCUCAUGCUAGCGCUUAAUUGGUUCUUGAUUAGUCUGUGAGUUCAUUCCUCAUUAGUUAAACUAUUUGUUCAAGUAAUAAUGCAUGAUUUAUGUACCCUAUUUGUAAAGUAUUGGUGGAAUUCCUUAAAUAUUCGGUGAAUUGUUGUUAGAUCCCCUGACGAUCUUAAUUAGUGCUGAGCAAGAGAUGCACUCUACACUUGUUGAUGCUGUCUGAAGGACUAUGCAUGACGUUGUACUCUAUUGUGUUCCAUUAUUGAAGCUCUUAGACAUCUGCCAGAGUAAAAUGUCAUCUCACAAAUCUCACACCAUCAUCAAUACUGGCUUACUAGAGUCAACUGUACUCCAUUGAGCUAUUCAUGCAUAUAGGAAUGCUUCUUAUGGCAGGUUCCUGCUCAAGUAUUUGACUUUUUCUUUCUUUUUUGCUGCUGCUUUUGUUUCUAAACACGUUCCUGCAGGAUAGGAUUUUACUUUUGCUUUUUAUAUAUAUAUGUGUCUAUAUAUAUAUAUAUAUACAUAUAUAUAUACAUAUAGUUCUAUUCAUUCAGUCAUAGCGAAAUGUGCUUUAAGAAAUAGAGGCAGAUGCAUCAAGCUAAUUUGACAGUUAAGGAGCAGAAAAGUGCGAACAGAAAGGUCACUUUCCACCAUUUGUUUUAGGACGGUUUCCCACCUGAUCUGUUGAGAUAUACAGUAUGUGCGUCUUCUGCUAUUUGCUAUGAUUGUAUUUUUCUGCUGUUUAUUAUGUACGUGAUCAAAGACCAAAGAUGCAAGAAGCACAGUGCUGGAGCAUUUGUACUGUAACCGAUCACUUUAUUAAUUAGCAAUUCAGUGGGCUACUCUAUUAAAAGGAUAUUUUGGCCAAAAUGACCCCUUUUUUAUUAUUUACUUGCUUUUGUAUCAUUCCAAACCGGUUUGAAUUUCAUCUGUUUAACACAAAAUAACUUCCAUGCAAUUAAAGUCAAUGGGACUUUCACUGCAUGCACAAUUUUUUUUUUUUUGGUAUUCUGCAGAAGUAAGUCAUAUUGGUUUGGAAUGUUAUUGAGGGUGAGUACAUAAUGAUAGAAAUGCCAUUUUUGGCUGAACUGUCACUAAGUGUCUUCACCGCUUAAGUUUGUAUUCCCAAACCGGGCCUAUUUUAUCGUGACAGGAAUCAUGUAUUGUAUGCAUUAGUGUCUCGCUCGCCCUCACGAUCCCCCACAAUACAUUCAUGAAAACGGCCCGUUCUAAGGGAAUCGGACUAGUCUGUGACUUUGACUUCUCAUAGUUUUAAAGCUGUAAUAUGUGUAAUGAAAGGUUCUGAAGAACACAUGGGUGGUUAUCCGUUUGUUCCGCAAGACAAUAUUCCACAGUUCCGCAAAUGUCAGGGGUGUGGCGUAUUAUAGAGUCCCCUAGAGAGAUGCUAAAAUAGUUUUUAUGAGAUGAUUUGUCAUGCUGUGCUCGCAUAACCUCAAGGCCUCGCCAAUCUGUUCGUUCGGGAUCUCAUUUGGGCAGUCGCUAUCAAAACCGCUGAUUUAUGAACAGCCUACCAGGAGGAUUAUGAGAUCUAUUGUGCUCAUUACACAACGAAUGGUGUGAACAGAAUGCGCUCAGACCAAAAAAAAAAACAGGGGUGUUACGUUAGCAUCUCGAUGGUAGUUUCCUGUCAUUCAUGAACUAAUUCUUUCUGUAUGUGUCUGGAUACUAUAGUAAAACCCUAAAGAAGCUAAUAUAAAGCACACAAGUACUUUGUCCCUUCGGUUUUUCUUCUGCACAGCUCAGGUUCAGCGUUCGCCACUUGGAGCAAUAUUUUCGUCUCUUCGAAAGUGUAAUGUUUAUAGCACCCGAAGCUUUUUUUUUUUUAUUUCCAUAGUUUGUUAAAGGCAACGUUUAUAUGUGCUGAAGAGCUUUAGUAUGCGCAAGAAAACAGUUUUAUAUGAUGUGGAAUAUAUAUUAUGUGCCUUAACACUGGAGAUCGCAUUUGUAGACCGCAAUACAUACAGUGAAUUUUAUAGAUGUGCAGUAUAUGUAAAAGGUAUUUGGAGUUAUAUUAAUAAAUGAGGUUUGAUAAAACAAAAUCCUUUUGGUUUUUUAACAAAUUGUGAAAUUAUGCUGUAUUUUUGUUCUCCGGACUAUAUUUGUUUGUUGUUUUAGAAUGGAAUGUGCCAGUACUUGGAUCCCAGGUUUCAGGUCUGUCAGGUUCUUGGCCGAGCAUCACAUGCUGUAAUAGAAUCCAUUCACAGCUGCAUUCCAGAGCCUUUCCUUAACUUCAGGGCAGAUCACCAGCGGGAAUGCCGUCCUUCAGAGUUGGUCAUAGCACACGUGUAAUCGUUGGGUGGACUUUUUGAUACCCAGCAUGACUUUUUUUUUUAUCACUGUCACUGCCAUGACUGUUUCUGGCUCAUUGUACUGUAAUUGGUGUUUGUUGUAGUCACACAAAGGUUCGGUUUGUUCUCGCUGUACACUCGCUAUGUUGCCAGCCCUUCAUGAAAACACCCGUUUCGAGUGGUUCUCUGACAUUUUGGAGGGGUUUGUUAAAUUGUUCGAUCGUUUUGUGUUUGUUUCUUGACAAAGAACAAUUCUUUA